UUCAGACCAACCCACCAGCUGCUACUGCUGCAGGAGGAGUGCGUGCUGCCCACUGACAUCCUCAUGCUACACCCGCCACAGAACGACACCCACACUGAUCAUCUCACCACGAAACAAGAUGCCUUUGCCCGUUCAGGUGUUUAACUUCCAGGGGUCUGUGGAACCAAUGCAGAUUGAUGCAGACCCCCAGGAGGACCAGCAGAAUGCUCCAGACACCAACUACAUAGUGGAGAACCCAACACUGGAUCUAGAGCAGUAUGCAACCAGCUACAGUGGAUUAAUGCGCAUUGAGAGGCUUCAGUUCAUCGCUGAGCAUUGCCCUCAGCUGCGGGUUGAAGCCUUGAAGAUGGCCCUCACCUUCGUCCAGAGGACCUUCAAUGUUGACACAUAUGAAGAGAUUCACCGCAAACUGACCGAGGCCACAAGGGAGGUCCAAGGUGUGCCGGACACAGUGCCUGAAGGUGGGGCUGUUCCUCCUCCCUUAGAUUCAGCGUGGGCCGAGUCUACACGGAAAAAGGCUCUGCUUAAACUUGAGAAGCUGGAUACAGAUCUUAAGAACUACAAGGGAAAUUCCAUUAAAGAGAGCAUCAGGAGGGGCCAUGAUGAUUUGGGGGACCACUACCUGGACUGUGGUGACCUCAGUAACGCCCUCAAGUGCUACUCCCGAGCCAGAGACUACUGCACCAGUGCUAAACAUGUCAUUAACAUGUGUUUGAAUGUCAUCAAGGUUAGUGUUUACCUCCAGAACUGGUCCCAUGUACUGAGCUACGUUAACAAGGCAGAAUCAACGCCAGAGAUAGCAGAGCAAAGAGGAGAGCGAGAUAGCCAAAAUCAAGCAGUCCUCACCAAAUUAAAGUGCGCUGCAGGCCUUGCCGAAUUGGCCUCAAGAAAAUACAAACCAGCUGCCAAGUGCUUUCUGCAGGCGUCCUUUGACCACUGUGACUGUCCAGAGGUGAGUUGCGGUCAGCCAGUGGGUCCAAUGCUCCUCUCACCCAGUAAUGUUGCCGUGUAUGGGGGUUUGUGUGCUUUGGCCACGUUCGACAGACAGGAGCUCCAGCGCAACGUCAUCUCCAGCAGCUCCUUUAAGUUAUUUCUAGAGUUGGAACCUCAGAUCCGUGACAUCAUCUUCAAGUUCUAUGAGUCGAAGUACGCGUCUUGCCUGAAGCUUCUGGAUGAAAUGAAGGAUAACCUCCUGCUGGACAUGUACCUGGCCCCGCAUGUCAAGACACUGUACAGCCAGAUCAGGAACAGAGCCCUCAUUCAGUAUUUCAGCCCCUACGUGUCAGCAGACAUGACUAAGAUGGCUCAGGCCUUCAACACCACAGUAGCAGCUCUGGAGGACGAGCUCACCCAGCUCAUACUGGAGGGGCUAAUCAAUGCACGGAUUGACUCCCACAGCAAGAUUCUGUAUGCGAGGGACGUGGACCAGAGGAGCACCACGUUUGAGAAGUCACUGCACAUGGGCAAAGAGUUCCAGAGACGGGCCAAAGCCAUGAUCCUCCGAGCUGCUGUGCUGCGCAACCAGAUCCACGUCAAGUCUCCACCCAGAGAAGGCAGCCAGGGUGAGCUGACACCAGCCAAUAGCCAGACCAGAAUGAGCACCAACAUGUGAAGAGGAUGUCCUCUUCAUCGUCUGCACGCUGACUCUACUGAAUGAGAGGAAUCACCCAAACACCAACCACCCCAUCCUCAGUUUCUCAGCUGAAGAUAGAAGCGACACAAUAUAAAGACUCUACAGUUCUCUGUUGAUCUUGUGUCCCUGUAUGAAGAUACAGGGAAUGAAACCUUUUGUUAGUCUGAUUUUGUGGAGGUUUUGGACGAGAUGAAAAUGUUCUUUGAUGAAAGUGCAGCACUUAUGCUGCAGGUUUACUGGUAGGCUAAGCACUUUGUUCUGCUCACACACGAUGGAGGCCUCAUUAACACAAACAAGGUUUUAAAAUAAAAACGCCUGCCGAAACGUACACUUCUGUCGUUUUUACGUGUUGUCUCCAUUGUCAGUUUUGCCAAUUGCUGGAACUUAGCGAUUUGGGACAAAAAGGAGGUGGGAUAAUGUCCCAUUGUAUGUACAGUGGCUCUGUCAGACCUGUUAGGUACAGUGUGAGCUUGAAACAGCAUGUUUUUUCAGUGCUGCUGCGAGUUUCCCACUACAGCCCAAACUGCUUCUGUAGAAAUCAUCUCAUCGUAACUGUUUGAGGUAUUCUUUAAAGGGCCUAUAUUGUGUAAAAUGAAUUUAAAUUUCACAAUCCCCUUCCUAACAUGAAAAAGAAUCAGUGGAAAUCUUCAGUUGUCAUUAAUUCUUGAAAGGGAGUCAGUAGGGACCCUCAAAGUAUGAAAACAGUCCCUGUGCGGACUUUUCGCUCAGUCCAUUCUAAGAAAUAUGAUAUGAAAACUUCGUGUUUUCGUACUUCCUCCCCCGUAUGAGUCAUAAGGGAUCGCACUCGUCUGUCAGCCCCCCCCAGCUGGACCAGUCCAGCCUGCAAACCCACCACUACCCCUCCACACUGAAUGCGACACCAAGCAGACAUGUUUCUGAGCUAGCAGAUUGUUAGUUACCACAGGCUAACCACAACAACGACAAAAAAGAAACACUGCCGUGUUGAGGGAUGCAAGGAGGAGAAUGUUUCUGUGAACAUUCCUCCUAAGAAGAACGUUACUGUUCGAAGCCACCACUGUCCUGCUAAAAGUUCAACAAACAUGAGGACAGUGUAAGUUUUCGUUAGAAACAUCCUGCUGUAACCGACUGUGAUUAUGUGGCUGGUCUUCUAUAGCUGCAAACGUGACUUUCAGCUGUGUUUACCAAUGUGAAUGCGCCAUAAUGAGACCGGGGAUAGGCCUGGUCGCGUGUUACUCAAAGUGCAGUCAGCCAAACAGAGGGGCUCAAGAGGCAGGUGAAAACAGCCUGGUCUGUCUGCAGAACCAGAGAGAGACCGGAUGUUUGUGGCUCUGAUACAACAAGUGUGUGGAAGCCCAUUGCUUUUGCUGAUUGAUAACCUGUUCAUUGCUUUCUAAAUAAAAACUUGAUUGAACGAAA